UUAUCUAUUAGGGUUAUAUGAAGGGAACGUAUGUGUUCUCUUAGAACGGGGUUUUUGAUUAAUAAAGUUUGAGACUUUCUAAGACAACACACGGUGCAUCCAAAGUUCGCCCUAGAGAGAAACUCUCUCGAGCCCGCAUCCCAAGGCGCCGUUUCGAUGGAUCUUCCUUGCUCCAACCACGAUGCUCUUUCCUCUUCUCUCUGAAACAGCCAUGUUCCUCUCCAUGGACAUGAUGGUGACUAUUCCUCCGUCGUGGCUCCGCCCCCCUCCAGAUCCGCCGCCCCCGUCGUUCCUGAUGCAGCACUGCUCUUCCUCCUUGAAGAUGAUGGUGACAGGCCUUCCUCCUCUUUCACAGCCCAGGCCUCCUUCAGAUCCGGCGCGGAACAAGCAUCUUCCGAUUGAAACUCCUCCCGUCAAGCCACCAGAACCUCCAGACCCACCAGACGUCUCCGUCAGCCUCGUUCUUUUCACUUCCUCCAGCCCUUCUCCACAAGCUACUCAAGUCAUAGAUCUGAUGUUUAAUUUUUCAAGGGUUUCAAGUUGUAUUUUUGUCAGUUCGGGAAUGGGUCUUCUCCCGGCUCUUAUUCCAACUUUCAUUUUAUCAAUCCGCUUAUAGACGUCCAGGUCCACCUUAGCUCCUUACUCUCUGUUUACUCCUAUUCUUUUGGAAAGGAUGCAAUGCUAGAUGUGUGGGUGACUUUGGAUUUGUGGGUUCUGGCUUUAUUUGGUAGUGUACUGAUGGACUCAGUGUCCUUUGGUUAUAUCUUUGUGCCUCUUAGUGGUUUUUAUGUUGCGUUGAUGCAACUCUCUAAUGCAGUAUGCAGUCCUAUUAUUGUAUUCAACCUGGUUUGUGGUGCAGUGUCUGUGUGUUUCUCUUCUUGGUGGCAGUUGAAAGAGACAAUCAUUGUGAUUUGUUGCUUGGUGAAUAUGGUUAUGGCGGGUAUUGAUUGUCCGCUUGGCUCCUGUUUGGAGCAGUCUCUUUUCCCAAUAUUUCUUCAUGUAUGGAGUGAAUUGGAUGAACAUGUGUGGCUGGUAUUGCAAGGAUUCUCCUCCCGGCUAACGCUCUUCCCUGCCUUUAGUGCAGUGGUUGUGACUCUCAGAGUUACCCGAGAUGCAAUCGUUCAAGAAACUCAUAAAACCGUUGUGAUGCGAUUUCUAAUGUUUACUUGUUGUGAUUUGUAUUUUCAUUCUAUCUUAGGUUUAUUUGUUUCGUAUUCCAUUGGGCUCCUUGUAGCUUUGUUGUACUCUCCUUUCAUGGAGCGUAAACUCUUCUAAAUUCAAUACAAGUUGGUUUGAUCAAAAAAAAAAAAAGUUUGAGACUUUCUUCUCUACAAAUCGCCUCGUCCUUUUACAAUCUCUUUCGAGUUUAAAAAGAAGUUAUCAAAUAUGUGUAUAUAUAAUUUUAAGUAUAAAAAUGACCAAUCCCAUGAAUUGGUUUAUUUUCAUUAAAUAUCAUUUAUAUAAUUCGUGAUCUGAUUUAAACUUACUUAUUAAAAUUAUUUAUUAAAUGAACUUAGAAGUGGAGUUCGUGCUCAUAAAAAGUUAAGCUGAACUAAGGCGGCCCAUGAACUAUAACUGAUUUUGACAUUUCUAGACGAUGAUGGUUUUGGUUUAGGCGUUUAGCCCUUUGUAAAGUUCAUUUAAUUAUUUAUAUAUAGACUAUUCUCGUACCAGGGAUUUAUAAAGUUCAUUUAACUUUGUAAAGUUUUCUUUUUAUAAAGGGGAGACAUAUGUUCAAGUGAAUCUGUGAUUGUUGAAGAGACAUAAACUAAUAUGGAACGAUACCGUUAUAUUUGAUAGAUUUUGUAGAUGCAGUAUUAUCAUUGGCACAUACUCUCUCCAAAUAUGAAGUAUGUUUAGCAUAUUAAGAAAUAAUAUAUGUUUAACUUAAGUUAUUAUUUCUUUUUUCUUAAUAAACAUUAUACCAUUCAUAUUUUUACAUUUUAAAACAAGAUAUAAUAAUUAAAGUUUUAAACAUCAGUCUUUUAAAAACAACAAAAAAAUCAAUAACAUCAACUUUGAACUUUAUAGUGAGUACUGUAUACAAAUCAUAUAUUAUUCUCUUUGGAUAUAAUUAUUUAAUAAUUAAAUGUUAUUUAAAAUAUAUCAUUACCAGUUAAUAAAAUGUUUGAAAUUUAUUACAUAUAAUUAUGGGAAAUAGCAUUAUUUAACACGAAUCUACUUUCAAAUAAAGUUACAUGUUUACAAACACUAGAUUCCACUCCACCUUUUAAAUAAUUUUAUCAUCAAUCUGAUAAUAGUUAAAAAAAAGUACUAUAAUAUUUUAAAAUAGUAGUGGAAUUUCAGAAGGGCAAUUACAAAUGUGUAGAAACGACUAAAUAAAAUGAAAUGACCAUACCAAUAAAAAUAACUAAGUAUGAAAAUAAAAAUGAAUCGAUUGAAUACUAUAGUAUAACCUAUUUAAAUUAAUACUCUAUAAAUUAAUAUACACUAAAAAUCUCUAUAAAAUAAUAUAAUUUUAUAGUCUCAAAUCGAGUUUUUGGUUCAAUUAGUGUAUCGAUAAAUUAAUAUCUCUAUAAAUUAAUAAAAAAAUUAUAGUUUUGGUGUAUUACUAACAUUAUUAAUUUAUAGAGGUUUCAUUGUAGUAUGAAUUUAUGGGUUAGCGAGAUUGUUUGUAAUGUUUGGUUGUAUGUGGAUGUUUUUUUUUUUUUUUUUUUUUUUUUUUUGAUAACUCUGGUAUCUGGGCAGCCGCAUUCCCAACUAUCCCCCGUAGGGGGUCCAGCGCCCCAACGGAAGGGAUGUUAAAUCCGCUGUAGCCGGGGCUCGAAGUCGUGAUGGCGGGCACCUCAACCGAAGUUCCUUUACCACCAGACCACGAGGCCCGGUUUGUAUGUGGAUGUCACUAAGUGUUCUUAAUUAGUGGACACUUUUAUACUUGUC